UUUCAUCAUCAACGUAUUUCUGUUCAGUGCGCGCGCGCGCUCUCUCGGCAGGCCAAUUGUGGGUACCUAUUACUCAGUGUCACUCACCUCACUGAAAGAUCACAACGAGGCUGUGUGUGACCAUCAAGAAGACGACUGAGAAGAACCAAACCUCAGAGACCAACGAGAACAAAUGGAGUUUGAUGAAGUUGCUGUUUAUUUCACGGAGGAGGAGUGGGGCUGUUUAACUAAAGAACAAAAAGAGCUUUAUAAGGAUGUGAUGAUGGAGAAUUACCAGACCCUCAGGUCUCUAGGAUAUGUCCCUGAGAAACCUUUACUUGUUACACAGAUUGAGCUUAAAGAGGGGCUGUACGUGAGCAGUUUUUCUAUUACCAAAGGUGAAUUUACAAACUGCAGUAAUCCUAGUGAUGGUGAAAGUACAAAUACUUGCGUCAAUAUUCUACAAAAUCAAACAAAUGACGGGAGAAAUGUAUGUUCUGAAUGCGGGAAAUGUUUUUCCACUGAAACAUUUCUUUCUAACCAUAUGAAAAGUCAUACUGGAAAAAAAUCACUUUCAUGUUCUGAAUGUGGGAAAUGUUUUGUUGACAAUUCAACACGGAUCACUCAUGAGAAAAUUCAUACAGGAGAAAAACCAUUUUCAUGUUCUGAAUGUGGAAAAUGUUUUAUUAAGAAAACACAGCUCAUGUCUCAUCAGAAAAUUCAUACAGGAGAAAAACCAUUUUCGUGUUCUGAAUGUGGGAAAUGUUUUGCUUGGAAUUCAAAUCUCACGUCUCACCAGAAAAUUCAUACAGGAGAGAAAGCAUUUUCAUGUUCUGAAUGUGGGAAAUGUUUUACUCAGAAGGCAGGUCUCAUGUCUCACCAGAAAACUCAUACAGGAGAGAAAACAUUUUCAUGUUCUGAAUGUGGGAAAUGUUUUGCUAAUGAAUUAUAUCUUAGUACUCAUAAAAAAAUUCAUACAGUAGAGAAAGCAUUUUCAUGUCCUGUAUGUGGGAAAUGUUUUAAACGGAUAUCAGCUCUUACUAAACAUCAGAAAUAUCAUACAGGAGAGAAACCAUUUUCAUGUUCUGUAUGUGGCAAAUGUUUUAUUGAUAAAUCAAUUCUUAAAAGGCAUCAGACAAUUCAUACAGGGAAAAAAUGAUUUCUGUGGUAUGGAUGUGGAAAAUAUUUUAUCCAGAAAUCAAAACUAAUUACACAUCAGAACAUUCAUAUUAAAGGAAAUCAUGGAGAUCAGAGUUUAACAUCUUAAAGAGACAGUGUACACUAAUAUUUUCUCCCCUUUAAUAUUUUCCCUAUUAUCCAUUUACCUACUGGAGUAUAUUCAAUUUUGUACAAAUAGUUUUUCCAUCUUCCCACCUAUACUAAACUUAAGUCCUGGUUACAAAACAAGUAAACAAAAUGGUUCAUAUAAAAUAAUGCUCCUAGUUGUUGUCUGUGCCAGAAAGAUUCUAACAUAUGUAUUCUCUAAGUUCUGGCCUUUGAAUAAACAGUAAAAAUAAAAAGAUAAGGACUUUAUCAAAUAAAUAGACAUAAGAUAAUGAGGUCUGCUUUCCCUGUUAAUUGAACUCAUUUCAUUGUGUUGUGGUUUCAAUUAGCAGAAGCAGCAAUUUUAAGUACAGAAUUCUAUCCUAAAGUUGUAAUUUCCCAUACAAUUUAAACUCUGCAGCUAUUAUACAUAUUAUAAACACAUUUACCAGAAACCAAUUUUACCGUACACUGUCCCAUUAAGUGAGUAGAGUGACAUAGCCUCAUCAUUCAUUCAAUGUUUAGAGAGCUUAUGAAGACUACAUGUUGUCCUCUGGGGGGUGCACAUUUAAUGCUGUUUGAACCCCCCCUUUCUGAAUCUCAAGUGAUUACAAGGUGGCCCAGUGUGUUUGUCAUUCCUGGGGAGAUCAGAGGUCCAUAUAAAGGUUUGAAUAACCAAGUAAACACCUGCUGUAAGUAAAAUGCAUUUAUUUGAGUAGAGAUUCAUGGGAUGGAGCCCCUAUGUUUAAACCAAAAGACUCUUUAUAUAUUGAUAAACCCUUAUUUAAAAUGUAGGUAUUAGGUGUAUUUUAAUAAGGUGAUCACUGAAGUAGCAGCAUUUCCCUAGAUGAAAUUUCCAUUGAUUAGGUGUACAGGGUGAGUGUUAACAUCAGAAGUGGAAAAGGUUUACAGAAGCCCUUGGGGUAGAUUUAUUAAGAGGCGAGUAGACAUGGUUCGCUGUAGGGAAUCAUGUCCGCUCACCCUCGCCAAAUACAACAGCAUUUCUAGUGAAAAUGCUUGUGCAAUGCUGCCCCCUCCUGCUUAUUCGCUAGCAGAGGGCGUCCAUUAUCGGGAUGAUUGCAUUCCGCCACCUAAAAUGCAGUGGAGAAGUUGAGGAGCAGCGGUCUCACAAAUGCUGCUUCUUAACUUCCGUUUCAGGCGAGCUUGAAACUUCAGGCGUAGAAAGCAGCAUCCGCUGCUUGAUAAAUCUACCCCCUUGUGUGGAUAGGACGGCUCCUGUAUCUACAUAAAAAGUGCUGAAAUAUAGCAAAAUAUAUUGCUUUACUUUUGAUCUCCAAUUGAUAAUUUCUUUUGUAUUUUUUUAUAAUCUUGUUUACUGAAAUUGUAAUAUAAAUGUUUUUUGUCGCACCUUUUGUAUAUUUCUCAUGUCAUAUUUACAUAAAAUAAAGGUAUAUAAUCUGCUA